AUGGCAGCCGUGGCGGAGGUGCCGAUGAUCCUAGACGGCAAGAAAGUCGCGUCGAAGACCUCCACGUUCUUCGAUGUGCACAACCCGGCGACAGGCGAGCUCAUAGCUCGGACCCCUCAGUGCACCGCAGACGAGCUGCGGGCCGCUGCGGAUUCCUGCGCCGAAGCCUUCAAGGAAUGGAGACGAACACCGCCAAGCAGCCGAGCGCGUGUGAUGCACAAGCUUGAAGGUGCGAUCCGUGACAACACGGAUGCCCUUGCACAGGUGUUGACAAAGGAGCAAGGCAAGACCAUCGCCGAUGCAAAGGGCGACAUCUUUCGCGGCCUGGAGGUCGUCGAAAUGUCUUGCAACAUCCCUGCGAUGAUUCAAGGGGAGACUUUGGCAAACGUGGCCAGCAGCGUUGAUGUGCACUCCUACAGGGUGCCACUGGGCGUUUGCGCGGGCAUCGCCCCAUUUAACUUUCCCGCAAUGAUCCCGCUCUGGAUGUUCCCACCCGCAACCACCGCGGGCAACACGUUUUUGCUGAAGCCAUCCGAGAGAGUUCCGCUCUCAUCUGUGAUGCUUGCCGAGAUGGCCCACGACUGUGGCUUGCCCCCAGGUGUCUUGAACGUGGUCCAUGGGGGCCACGACACCGUGAACUUCCUGUGCGAUGACGAGCACAUACGGGCCGUGUCCUUUGUGGGUGGCAACGCGGCGGGCGCCCACAUCUACGAGCGGGCCGGGAAGAACGGGAAGCGUGCCCAGUGCAACCUGGGAGCCAAGAACCACGCCAUCGUCUUGCCUGACGCCGACCCAGAGAGCGUCGUGAACCAGCUCGUGGGUGCCUCCUGCGGUGCAGCCGGGCAGCGGUGUAUGGCCAUCAGCGUGGCGGUCUUUGUCGGAGCCUCCAAGGAGUGGAUCCCAAAGAUCGCAGAGCAGGCGGCCAAACUCCAGGUGGGGCCGGGAGAUGCGAAGGGAACGGAUGUCGGGCCGCUGAUCUCUGCAAAUGCCAAAGAUCGUGUUGAGCAGCUUAUCCAGUCUGGCAUGGACGAGGGUGCCAGGUUACUGCUCGAUGGCCGCAAGCCUUCCUUGCCGGAUGCCAACAGAGAUGGGUAUUUCGUGGGGCCGAGCAUUUUUGCAGAGGUGAAGAAGGGCAUGCAGAUCUACGAGAACGAGAUCUUUGGCCCUGUGCUGUGCUGCGUGGAAGUGGACUCCUUUGACGCGGCCAUCAAGUUCGUGAACGAGAACCCCUAUGGCAAUGGCACGGCUGUCUUCACGCGGAGCGGCGCGGCUGCCAGGAAGUUCACUGACGAGAUCGAAGCGGGGCAGGUGGGCAUCAACGUGCCCAUUCCGGUUCCGCUGCCGAUGUUUUCCUUCACUGGGAACAAGAAGUCGAUUCUGGGAGACUUGAACUUCUAUGGCAAGGCACAGCCCCCGGCGGGCGUCAACUUCUUCACGCAGCUGAAGACUGUGACCUCUGCUUGGCGCGACGACAGCUACAUCGAAAAGCUCAGCACUGCCGGAGUCGGAGCACAGUAG